UCCCUCCCUCGACCGCCCCUGUUUUGUUGUUUGGCUAAAGAUGGCGUUAGCGGCUAACACAGGCGAUUGCUUUUUGUUUCACAAAAAUUAUUCGGCCAGUGGUUUCAAAACAUUGAUCAAAUAGAGCUUUAAUUCGUCAUUUAAUGUGCAAACAUGUGUUAUAUUGAGCAAGUACACGUCCACUACGCAGAAUAACGCUUGGUCGGCCUUCUCACGAUGUAGGCCUGUUUUGUAAGGGAGUGGACCGAAGCUGGUGGGACUCCAUCUCCCGUCAGCAACUGCGGCGUCAGGUGGUACAACUUUAUUUUUCCAUGCUGGUAUCUGUAGUUUUCUGACCACACAAGUGUUAUUUGUGGGGAAACUUUUGUUUAAAAAAAUAUGAGUGGACACAGUAAGAUCACAUUUCACCAGCUGAGUUAUUAGUUUGUUAAUUGAAGGAGAAAAGGACAUGUUGUUUGAUUUCUCAGUAUUUCACUGGAAGCCUCCAGGGAUGCUCCACAGUGUGUGUUAUAUUUCUGUUUACUGAGAGGAGGAACAUUAAGGUUAGUGAACCCGUGGUGUUCCAAGCAGAGGCACCAUGGCUGCAUCACCUGUGCAAGGUGACUGGAAACAAUCUCGGGCACACGUCAAGGAAGGGCACCCAUCAUCACCCGAGUCCUCUUUGACCUGGUGCUUGACUCACCUCUCCAAACCCCGAUCAGGGGCUGAACAUGGUAAGGCAGACUCAGGCGGCGGCAGAGAAAUGGACAAGAGGUCCAGAGUCUCUCAGUGGCGAGCCCUGGUUGCUAUCCGGACUCAGCACAUCAAGGGUGACAAGGCUGGCAUCGCCCGAUUCAGAACUCGAGGCGGUCUCCGGCCCCUGUUGGACCUACUCGGGCACCCGGAGUGCUCCAGGAAAACCCUGGACCUGGCUCUCAGCAUCCUGGCCAACUGCUGCACUGAGCUGGAGACGCGUAUAGAGGUUCGUAAGCUUGAUGGAAUAAAUGUUGUAGUGGACAUCCUGAAAAGAAAUGUGGCCCUGGAGACCGUCCAGAACCGAGCAGCCCGAGCUUUGGGAAACUUGGCCAUGGAUCCAGAGAGCUCAGCACUCAUCCACUCUGCCGGUGGCGUUCCUCUUCUCCUCCUCUGCGUGUCUCUCUCCUCCGCCCCGUCCUCCCCCACUGCUGCUCCACCCAAAGACCCCUGUCCUAAACUGGAGUGCGCUCAGUCGGCGGCCCGAGCCCUCCUCUACCUCUCCGACACGCCCUCGAACCGCCUGUCGCUGCUCACCCAGGGGACCUUAUCUGCCCUCGCCCCUCUCAUCGCUCCGGAAUACCCUCAGGGGCUGAGACGGGCGGCGCUCAGGACCCUCCACGAGCUGACCCGGAGCUGCGGUGUCGAAUGCGCCAGGGAGGUGUCGCGUUCCGGCGUCCUGGCGCAGCUCGGUGUCAUGGCGUCGGGGGAGUCGGGUAAACCUUUCGAAGAGCUGGCACUGAAAACCCUGGCCAACAUGUGCUCCCAAGGCUGCUUGCGCCCUCUCGUGGGGUCGCUCGGGGUCAUUCAGAAAUUCACCGAGGAGGUCAAGAGGGACCCGCUGAAGUCUGGAGUCUUCCUCAAGGCGCUGUGCUUGUGCUGCAAGGAAGCAGUCAACCGGGCUAAGGUGAAGGAGAGCGGCGGACUGGAGGCGUUAAUUGGCUUUCUGGCCGCCCAUCAGAGUCACCCUCUUUCCCGGCUGGCCAUUCUGGCCUGCGUAGACUUUGUUUUUGAUGAAACCGCCAUGGAGCAGUUGCAAGAGUUGGGGCUGGUCCCUCUGCUUGUCGCCCGACUAGUCGAGCUCACCAGAGGGGAGGAACCACCUCCUGAGAAGAUGGAUGUGAGCAUCACCUCCAACAUGUCUCCCACUGAGCUCCUGCCUUCAACGUGUUUUGACUCUUUUGACUUUCCCGCUCCUGAAGGCUACAAGAAGGAGGAAGCUGGUCGGGAGCAAGGUCUCUGCUCAUCAAGCUUUUUAAGUCUCAGGUCCUGGUUGGUGUCUGAGGGAUUGAUCUCUUCUGAGGGGGAUCUUCUGGAUUCCUCGGGGAGUGUCGACGGGGAAUGGGCGAGUCUUCAGAUCCCGCCGUCUUCAUCCCCUCACACCUCCUCCCCGAACCCUGAUUCUCAUUCCUCUCUUAAAAACUGUUCCCCUUCCAACCCUGUUACCUCCUCUGCUUCUAAAAAAGUAGCUCAGCCCUCCUCUGCGUCAUCUCCAGGGAAAGUCACCGAUCCGCCUCCUUCUAGUCCUUCUACUGCACUCGCAUCGCAAAACCAGCCUGGUUCCUCCGCCGUCUCUUCUCCCACUAAAACACCAGUUUCCCCAUCAAAGUUCACAUCCCCCCACAGACGGAGGCAGCGGGCUCACUCAGCAGCUUGUUUGACAAAAGUCACUCUUGAUACGCCUCCCUCGGUGCCCCGUACGAUGGCGUACCACCACCCUUACCACCCCGAACCCUGGACGCCAGAGUCUCCCAUCCUGCUGCUGCUGUCACGUUUCUCCCACGCCACGGACCCGAGCGCCGCUCUGGUCAACUCAGGCAUCAUGUCCGGCUUGCUCUGCUACCUCACCCAGCACCAGGACCCCAGCAGCAGGUGCUUCCGUAUGCUUUGCCGGCUGAGCUGCAACCCCAACUGUUUGCAGGCGUUGGUCCGAACCGGCUCCGUGGCGCUGAUUCGCCACCAUCUCUGCCAGAGAGAGCGAGGAUCAGAGGGAGAGAAGAGGCAGACGGACCGAGUGAAAGCCAAAAUUAAACAACUCGGUUUGGCUCUUCUCAAUAAUCUGCGUGUCCAGUGUGAGUCUGGAUUCGGCUCUGGAGUUCUCGCCCAUGUGAUGCUGUCGGGCUCCGAAUCAGACAAGAUGAACUGUGCGCUGUCGCUGCCGUUAAUCAGCAGCAACAAGCUCCUGUUGAAGAAACUCCUCCUGGACAGUGGCGGUCUCCUCUUGGCUCUUCAGCCCCUCGGUUGCGAUGACGACGACAUGGAUGAAGACCAUCCCGCUGAAGGUGGAAGGUUCCUCUCUGAUUGGUUUAAUUCACCUCAUUCAGGUCUGACCUCUCAGCUCCACUCGCUGUACUUUUCUUUCCUGAUCGGAUGCUUGUCCGCCCUGAUGAGCGGCGUCAAAGUGGAGCUCGACAGAAGACAUCUCAACCCAGUUAAACCACAGACAGUCAGUAAAAGUGACAGCGCUUCACCGCCUCCCUCUAAAAAGCCUCGCCUAGCUGACAUCUGUCCUUACGGUUUGUCGAACUUUGACCUCCUCUUGCUGCUGGACGACGGGACCGAGGUCCCAGCCAACAGGGAGGCUGUGGCCGGGGCGGAGGGCACAGACGGGGUCGGCUCUGAGUACUUCAGGGCUCUGCUGAGAGGCGGAUUUGGAGAGGCUCAGGGUAACGUGGAAGAAGCCAUCCAUAUUAAAGAUGUCAGCACAGGUAUGCUGCUCCCGGUGCUACAUUACCUGCAUGGAUGUCGCCUCAGGAAGGACACAGAAACAACAAAGGCGGAGGAUAAAGGAGAGACGGGAGGACACUGUCAGAUUUUGGACACAUUGGUCCUUGAGGGACUGGAUUUCUGCAAAAAGGAGACAGAGGAGCACUCGAUAGAAAACCUGGACUUCCAGAAAACACCUCUAGGCGAGAUGAUGACCGGAGCGUGCAGGUUCUUGGUGACUGAGCUGCAGAGAGAGUUGGAGGAUCUCUGCGUGUCUCUCCUCCUGUCCUGCUCCACCAAGGCCGCUAGUCGAGCUGCAUCAGCUCCCGCAGAGGACAACGCCGAGAAGGCCGCAUCUAAAAUGGACCAAGAAUGCCUGGAGUCUGCCGAGGAGAACCUGGCCAAUCGAACAUCUGAGCUGGAGUUGACUGGCUUCGAGGCGCAAACGGAAAAUCUACAAGGACAGACGAAGAAACCGAACAGUUUCCUACAUCAAACAGACAGUAAAAAAAGCUCUUCUGCUGUUCAGAAGACCAGCAGGGAGCUCAAUCCAGCUUCAGCCGUCGCCCCGGUUUCUAGACCGAGCUGUGCGUCAGGCGUGGACAAAUCCCUCGCUCAAGAAGAGCUGAAGGUAAGACCAAAGAACUUGAUGAAAAAUUCAGCAAAGCUAAAAUCAAAUUCUUCCUCAGAAGGCGGCGCAGGAGGUGGGAUCCUGGCCGCUCUCCUCCCGCAGAUUUACUGGUUUUCGCAGCGGUACAGCUACCCAGCGCUGGGUCGGGCCUGCUUGUCUCUGCUACUGGGCUGUCAGGACUGUCCUCGGCCCUUCUUCUCCUCCUCCCUCGCCGGGGAUUGCCUUCGCAGACUCGCCAGAGAGGCCGACUGCACGGAGACUCUGAAACAGGAUCUACUGAGUCUGGCUACGGCUGCUCUGAGCUGAACAAGGAGUGAAACAUUGAGUGACGUGAUUGACAUGAAUUCAGAGGGCACAGAUUAAGUCGACUUGCUGGGGGGGGGGGG